AUGCAGUUUUACUUCACCCAGGAUUCCCCCCCAAGUCUCUUUGUAAGAAGUGAGGACAAACAGGAGCUGGAGAGCGCCCCCAGAGCGGCUCCCCCGAGGCGAGGCAGCCGCAUCCCAGGGGCCAGGCUCCAUCUAGUGACACGGCCGGGCAUGGCCAGGCGGGGAUCCAGCCGGGAGCCGCGCCGGGACACCCAGAGCCGCCGGUACCUGGCCGGACCGGGCUCUGCAGGGCCGGGCCGGGCUGUACCAGCGCCGUGUGCGUCCUGGAACCGGGAGCGCUCCUCCAGCGUUCGGCCCCUAUCGAAGAGCACAUCGGGGCUGCGGGACGUGCAGUGCCCGGGAGCGCGGCCGGAGCCUCGCAGGAGCAGAGAGCUCGGAGAUGCAGAUGCGGAGGAAGCGACUUUAGGGUGUCACCCGCUUAAUAUUUUCGGGGGGAGUGACCGAUCCGGCUAUGAAAUGGGCUCCGUAUCGGAUGCGGCCGGAUCGAUGGAGCUGAUAACGGCGAGCUAUAAAAGGCCGGGGGGCGGCUGCGGCCGCGCUACAGCCCCGAGGCGCCGCGCCGGGAUGGGGCUGCGCCCCGCCGCGCUGGCGCUGCUCGCUCUGGCGGCCGCCGCCGCCUCCGCGCUGCCGCUGCCGCUGCCCGACGCCGGCCCGCACCUCAACUACGGCUGGGGAGAGCCCAUCCGGCUGCGGCACCUCUACACCGCCAGCAAGCACGGGCUCUUCAGCUGCUUCCUGCGUAUCGGCGCCGACGGCCGGGUGGACGCGGCCGGCAGCCAGAGCCCGCAGAGUCUGCUGGAGAUCCGGGCCGUGGCCGUGCGCACCGUGGCCAUCAAGGGCGUGCAGAGCUCCCGGUACCUGUGCAUGGACGAGGCGGGGCGGCUGCACGGGCAGCUCAGGUAUUCCACUGAAGACUGUUCCUUUGAGGAGGAGAUUCGCCCAGACGGCUACAACGUGUAUCGAUCCAAAAAACACGGAAUAUCAGUGUCUUUGAGCAGUGCCAAACAAAGACAGCAGUUCAAGGGAAAAGAUUUCCUUCCCCUGUCUCACUUCUUGCCCAUGAUCAACACUGUGCCCAUGGAGUCAGCAGACUUUGGUGAAUAUGGUGAUUACAGCCAGGCCUUUGAGCCAGAGGCGUUCUCCUCGCCCCUGGAGACGGACAGCAUGGACCCCUUUGGCAUCGCCUCCAAACUGUCCCCAGUGAAGAGCCCCAGCUUCCAGAACUGACUGUGCUCCCACACGUGUUUUCACAGAAAUAUUGAAGAGUACUGCAGGGUUUGUAGCUUUCUGUGUAGUGAUAUUUGAGAACUUUUUUGUGUGUUUGAGUAUGGAGCCAGCCUCAUCCUUGUUGUACCUGUAAGAGAUGAGUGCCACUAGGCUGUUUUGUAGUCUAAAAGAAUUUCCUAUCCAUAGUUUUGUUUGGAAAAGGAGGAUUAAAUAUGAAAAGUUUAGCAACCUUAUCAGAAUUCCUCCAUAGGUGGUGAUAAAAUAACUGUAAUUUUUCUAUGCCAGCUUCACUUCCACAUAUAUUAACCUGUUAUAGCUGCUCAUAUGAGCAAAUGCAGAAAACCUUUUCCUCUUCAGAGACCACAAACUCAAACACUUGGACCAAAACUAGAUGAAGGGAAACAUCCUACCAGAUGUAACUUGAGUUGAUGCUGCUUCUUAAAAGGCUGCUAACAACAUUCUGGGAAAAACUUUCUAUGGAAAGCAUACUACUGAAAAAACAAACCUGCUUGUAUAUUGUGCUUUUUC